AUGAUUGACAGUAGUGGUUGCCGAUGUCUCAUUGCAUUCUCCCCAACGGUGCAUCUUUCCUCCCUUCACUUCGUACUUUCUCAUUUCCUUCCAUCCAUCACUCCUCCUCCUCCUCCUCCUCCUCCUCCUCCUCCUACUACUACUACUACUACUACUACUACUACUAAUACUACUGCCACUACAACUACUACUAAUACCACUGGUCCUUCUAUCUGUGCUGCCACCACUACCACCACCCCAAUUUGCCGUCGCGUCAUUCCACCCACCUCCAAUUCCCCUUCCUACACCUUCAGGCGCUGCACUGACGAAGUCGAUGUUGCAAUGACACUGUACACAGCCGAAUUCGUAUUGAUGGAAGUCAAUUUUGAUGAACUCUGCCACUGCUUUCGUUCGCUUAACAGCGCCUUCAAUCAGUUCCAUGAAAAUGCAUCACUGAAUUUGAUGGAUGCCCAAUCACCAGGUGAGGAGGUGGAUGUCCACUCCAUUAAGCACAGUCCAAAUAUAACUUGA